CUUUAAAAUUCAAAUUUGACGCGCUUCGGUUGCAAAGCACAUGACGCAAGCGCAUACCUGUCAAGUGUCACUUAUCGCUGUCAUCCGAUUGUCAACAAAUUGCAAAAUUUGGCUUAAAACGCCGUUUUGAGGUAAAAUGGACUCGCUGGACGUUCUGGAGAAACGUAUUGCAGCCCUCGAGCUGCAAGUUCUCCCCAAAAACCCCAAUUUUGCGUCCGACGACAAGACGCAAGAAAUCACCCAUUUGUUACUCCUAACCCAAACAAUGAUCAGUUCGGCUCUCAGUUGUCGAGAAGCAAUCACCUCAAUCUUACAGCAUAUGACCACAAUUAACGAAUAUCUUGAUCCAAGUAAUGGAGAAAAUGAGUUAGAAGUUGAGGCGAAACGACACUAUUUGUUGGAAUUGUACCCGGAAUUGAAAGACACGGUGAAGUUGAUUUCGACGUUUGAAAGUUUAACUCCUUACACUGAUUCGAGUAGUAUCAUUAAAGUUACGGAGCUGACUGAUAAAUUAGAAAGUUUAGCUGUGUCGAAUUUGAAAAUAUUUGAAGAGAGUCAGGAAGUUACCAAAAAAACUGUCAGUGCGUUGCAACAAUACAAUGAUAUAAUCUCUACAAUUAAAGUGUUGUUUUCUCAGUUAGAUAAGGCCAUUACUGAUUUAGAGGUGGCUCUGUUGCCCAAAUUUGUUACUGAAGAAUAAUUCUUGUUUUUCUUACAUUAUUACUUAAGUGUACUACCUGAGUUAAAUUGUGUUGGUUUUGUAUUUGUUUAAUCUUUGAAUUGUACUUUAAAACCCGAGUUGUCAAUAAAUCACGUUAAAAUAGUA